UCCUCUCCUCCCCUCCGCUACAUGCCUGACUGACAGGUGGGUGGUGGCGGGAAAGGGAAGGGUGUGAGGGUUGGGGGUGGGGUUGAGUGCUGGUAGGAUGCCUGCAACACUGUACGACAACGGUUCCCUGGCCCAGUCCUGCCAGUCUCACUCCUCCCACGGUCAUGUAGUCCCGGAGCAGCCUUCAUCCUGCACUGCCUCUUACUUUCACUCUCGAUCGUGUGUCGUCCCUGCAGCCAGUCUCUCUCGCAGGUGGACUGAUGCUGGUGGUGACCAUACAGUGUCAGGGACGGCCAGGUGAAAGCGCGCGGUGUGGAGGUGAGACUUAAAAUCUAAACAAUACGCAGCCAGCAAUCUGAGCCUUCCGGUGUCGCCUGCAAGCUGUGGCCACACGGCUGCUGGACUUAACGAAGAAGAGUGGUCAGAGUCUUGCCGUACUCACACACAACCGUAAGCAAUACACGGCUGUUGCUUCCAGGUCUUACUGAUCCAACAGUCACGAGGCAGUCCAGGCAUCGUCCAGGCACGUGGCGUCAUGGACAACCCUGGAUAUGCUGGGGAGGAUCCGUCCUUUGAAAAACGUCUACAACCUCCCAAAGACGAUGCAGACGUGCACAUGGAAACAGAGGGACAUCUGGAAGCGGAGGGGCAUCCCAGGAACACAGCAGUGGCUGAGCUCCCCACCAGCAGCCCCAAAGAGCAGGGGGCUUCGGUGCGCCUGAAAAAGGAGCUUGGCCUGCUGGAGGGCAUCACAAUGAUCAUGGGCAUCGUCAUCGGCUCAGGCAUCUUCGUGUCUCCCAAGGGCGUCAUCUCCUACGUGGGCAGCGUGGGCAUGUCCCUCGCGGUGUGGGCGGCCUGCGGGGUGCUCUCCAUGCUGGGUGCUAUCUGCUUCGCUGAGCUGGGCACCAUGAUCCCUGAGAGCGGCGGUAUGUACGCCUACCUGCACGCGGCGUUCGGACCCCUGCCGGCAUUCCUGUACGUGUGGGUGACAGCUGUGGUGCGCAACAACGCAGGAGGGGCGGUGGUCGCUCUCACCUUCGCCAACUACCUGCUGCGAGCCGUCCUGGAGGAGUGCGAGGCCGUCCCGAGGCGGCUGUAAGACUGGUCGCUGCCCUCCUCAUAUGCCUCCACUCGUGGAUCAACUGCGUGAACGUGAAGUGGGCGGCCAAGGUGCAGAAUGUGUUCACGUUCAGCAAGGUGGUAGCCCUAACGGUGAUCAUCGUGGCGGGGGCGGUCCACCUGGCCACAGGACACCUGGACAAUU